AUGGAGGAUCCUGGCGGCGCGCCAGCCGGCCGGUAUUCUGCUGUGAGCGGGGACGUGGAGAAGGCGAGUCUGCGGUCGCCGACGGGAGUCUUGGGCGAGGAGCAGAAUAAUGGAUUCAGUCUUCGGGGGGGCGUUCCCGAUCUCCAAGUCUCGCCUCCUGUCCUCCCGUCGCUGCCUUCGUCGGGCCCUCCGUCCCUGUUAGGCCGGUCCACGGCGAUGGACGCUGAAGAGGCACACAGGAGCGGAGAUGAGGCUUCUUUUGCGUAUGCCUCCGCAAGCCACAGACCGGAAUCCCCCGCCUCUCCGGUGGAGGACGACGACCGGGACACGCCGUGUUCCCCGCCGCAGCAGACGACCUCGCCACAGACUUCCUUCUCUCCUCUCGUCUCCGAAGUCGCUGGAGACGCCCUGCCUCCGGCUGCCUCUCUGCGCCAGACUCCAGGCACGCUUACUCGCGGCAUGUCCUCCCGGAGCUCGUCGGCAGGGUGGCGCGCCUCGCCUGGUCCCGUGCCUUCCUCGACGCCUCCUUCGCCGGCGAGUUCCCGGAGCGGCAGCUCUCCAGGAGGCCGUGUGUCUUCGCCUGUCUCCUCGGCGCCCCUGGGCCCCGCGGCCUCCCAGCCUGCUGCGCCCGGAAGGCCUGCCGAGGCGAGUCGACCGCGGAGCCGCGGAGACAGCCACACAUCCGGCGCCUUCGAUAAGUCUGGCGAGUCGUUCCACGGCGCGGGACGCGGCGGUUCUGCCUGUUUGGAGAGAGGCGCGUACGACCGCGAGGGAGACCCAGCCGGCAGUCUCCUCGCCCACUCGCCGUUCUUCUCGCCUCUGCAGAGCGCAGGGGGCUCGGCGUCGGCUGGAGCAACUGGAAGCAAUCGGCCGCAACACCCCUUGGUGCAUGCGUCGACGCCGUCCUGGGUCAAGUACGGAGAAGAACAUUACCCCGAGGAGGCAGUCCCGAUUGAGUACCAGUGGAUCGAAGACGACGGGACGUGCUGCUGCUAUGUCACCGACUUUUUGCUCUACAACAAGAAAGGCGAGCGCCUCCUGCAAGUCGAAACUCUGGACCAAGAUGAGUUAGCAGAUGUGGCGCUCUACGGGAAGCUCGUCCACGUCGCCCUGGUGCAUCCCCCCGAAGCGCUCGAAGCGCGAAAACACCCGACCGCGUGCCAGGUGUAUCCGCACCUUUUGCAGCAGCGACGGAGACAGAACUCGUUGCGGGGCCGCAAGCACCAGGCGACGGAGGACGAGAGUGUGUCGCAGCAGGUGUCGCCGCGGGCUGCUGCCUCCGUGUUGCCUAAGGAGGGGGACAAGGACAAACAGGGCCGGGAGGGAGACAGUGGUGCGUGGAGAUCCGAGGGCGACUCAGCAACUUCCUACUCGUCUCAAAGGGAGGACGGUGACAAGAAGGAAGAGAAGCUGCUGGGGGACGGCGAGAAGGAGGUCGGCGGUAGCGGCGCGGCGACGCCGUCGUUGGGAACAGGGAGAAAAGUUUUACGAAAGCGCGGAGGAAUGCUCCACCAUCCGUGCAUCACGCCGAAGAUUCCAAGACCCUUCCGAACGUUUCCAGUCCGGGUUGACUUGACGGAAUGGAUGAUCGACUACGGAAAGUCGGCUAGCCAGACGCCGUACGUGUGGCUAGUCUCCUCGCUGAAUCGGUACUAUCGCUUGGAGAAGCCAGCGGGCCGGUACGCGCCGGUGCUUCAGUCUCUCAAGUACAAGUUUGAGGUUGCCUCGAGGGUGAUUAAGCAGCUUUCCGUGAAUCGGCUGUACCCGUACCAGGAGCUCGUAGACCACUUGACCGCAGAUUCGCGGCUCAAGCAGGCCUUGGCGAAGAAGCCUGCGGGAAAGGGAGAAGACGAGAGUCAGAGGCGCUCGUUGACGGGAGGCAGCGGCGAGCUCGACAAGGGCGAGGCUGGAGCCGACCGGUCAGACGCGGGGGCCCCGGGCCCAGGGGGCGAAGGCGACCGAAGCGGAGACGGGGCGUUGUCCCCGCAGCGCCAGUGGACACGCGAAGAGACCGCGGGGGAGGCCGACAAGGCGGGAGACGACGCCGAGGAAGACGAGAAGGAAGAGGGAGACUUCGCGCUGGGCAAAGGCGCGGGGCUGCAAGACUCGCCCCGGAAGAGCGGCGUUGCAGGUUCCGAAAACGAAGGGCUGGCGUCCCGCGAUCCGGAAAGACUGAAGGAUGGCGACCUGUCCGGGCCGUCGUCUGUCGCGGGAGACGAAGACGACGACCGACCCGCAGGCGAUCUGGCUUCCGGCCUCGCCACGUCGCCGUCCAGCAAACUGUCGGGGCACGGCGCUCACGCGUCGGCUGCCUCCAGCCUCCUCGGCAGCGACUUUGGGAACCUGAUCCUUCCGCCGGGGCUCGGGUCCUCGUCCUCGUUGCCGUUGGAUCCUUCCUCGCUGUUCACGUCUUCCAAGUUCAUCUCCGCCCUUGCCAUCAAGAAGAACAAGAAUUGUCACCUCCUCUCGCUCUCGGAUCCAGAUGGGACGGGGGUGCGGACGCUUCCCGAUGGCUCGCUGUCUCCAGAGAGUCCCUGGGGCGCGGCGCUGGCGGUCGAAGGCUGCACGGAGGAGUCGCUCAUCGAGGUGUUCCCUUUUCUCGAGUCUCAGGUCGCCGCCUUUGAGGCGUCCACAGGGACGACAGGUCUCCUCGCGUCGCCGUUCAUGAACGCCCUGCGAGCCCGCGUCUUCCGCUGGGUCGGCAAACUCGACGACGACAACGCGGUCGAAGAGGUGCCGCCUCUCCAGCAGACGACGACGCCGGAGAUCGUGGGAGGCAGGACAGAUGAGGGCGGGCUGCUGUCUCACCAGUCGGAAGAGGUGCUCGUCUCGCUGAACGCCUUCGCGUCCUCCUGCGCGGCAGACCGACCGUCCCUCUCGGGCGCGGCGUUCGCGCGCGGAGGCCCUGGCGACCGCGGCCAAGCAGGUUCAGGCUUCCUCGACUCGCCGGCCUUCGGGGACGCCUCCGGCUUCUUCGGCUCCACGGGCCCCAGAGGCGGCCGGCGCGGGCGCACGCGCGGGCGCGCGAGGGGCGACAGAGGCGAAGGCGGGCGGGGCCGCGGCCGGCGCUACGCCGGAAGAGACGCAGCCUUCUCCCGGUUCUUGGGCGACGACCGCGAGGGCGACUUCUUCGCUGGAGACGAGGAGGGCCGGGGCCGCAUGGACCCCGAGAAAGAGCGGCUGCUCAAGCGCGACGGAGACACCCAGGAGGAAGACGACGAAGCGCUCACGAACAAGACCUGCGACGGCGGGAUGGACGACGGCCCCGGAUUGUCCGAAGACGAAGAGGGAAGGAAACGCAUCAAACGCGAAGAAGACGGAACCGACCAGGCCGGGCCGUGGCCCAAAGGCGACGAAGGCCAAAGGAAGGAAGAGGAGGAAGAGGAAGACGAACUGUCGACGCUCCCGGAAUGGGGAAUCGAAGGCGACCCUGUCGAUGUCAAAGAUGAACUGGAUCUCGAGGCGGAAGACCCGUUGUACGCUCGCGUGCCGCUGCCGGGGGGCUCCUUCGCCCCGUACGACUUCCCAGAACUUCUCGAACUGCAAGAUUUUUGUCGGGUGUUCCUGGAGAUGCUUCAACUGCCAAGCUAUCCCGUCGACACUCUCGAGGCGGCUCUCCUGCAGUCUGCUUCAUGGUCGGUCGCCCAGGACUUCUCGGCGCGCGCGGCCUGGCCUCCGCAGCUGAAGGGGCAAGGCGUCCAGGGGAUGAAGAGUGCGCGGAAGAAACGAAAUCCGAACAUUCCAGAAAACCCUCUUCCCUUCAUUGCCGCGUCGACGUGUCUUGCGCCUGCGCCCGAGGCUUUCCAGUUUCUCUCUCCCUUCGCGGCGAAACACGAGGACGAAUCGGCGUCUGUGUCUCGCCAGACCACGGAGGCGAUUCGAACCGGCGCAGCGCUCCGCGACGCUGCCGCCGUUGCCCUUGCAGACGCUGCAAAGGCAGAAGAGCGAAGCAGCGGAGCCGACUCGGCGCACCUUGGAGAGCGCGAUGCUGGCGAGAAAGUGGGCACCGAACACGCGAGGCAAGUGGAGACGAAGCGCGAGGAAGGGAGCGGGGAUCCGGGAGGCGAAGAAGACGCGGGCGGACGCGAACAAGGCGUAAACGGGCACCCCCAGAGAGACGGCGACACCAAUAGAGAAGGAACGGGCAACAGGCCUGGAGAACACAACCAAACAUCUGCCCCCGGGGGUGACGACUCGGUGGCUUCAGCGCUAGCCAGCAGUCCCGCGUCGUUGCGUCCUCCCGAGGGGCCAUCAGUCUUUUCAGCUGCGUCCGUGAAUCCGGCUCGGUUGCUCCUGUCCACCGUGUCUCCUCAAGUCCCCGCGUCCGUGUCGCCAUCUUCCGGGCCGUGUGCGGUGUCUGGGUCUACACGACUGCACUCGUCUGCCUUCCCGGUGUUUCUCUCGGAUGCGCUCUUUCUUCGGCUGCUACAGCUCGCGUUCCUGCACAUCAGCGACGCCCUGUCGCGCCACAACAAGUCCGCGUCUUCCUCCACUGGAGAGUCGGUCAAUCCAGCGCCUGACGCGCGCCCCGCCCAGCUGCCUUGCGUGCUGACGGCGGCCGGCAGCGCCUCCGCAGCCGGCCUCGGGGGGCCAAGUCCUGCGGCGGGGGCCUCGACGGGCCUUGGGGCUCCGGGGAGCGCAGAGACACCCGCGGCGGCGACGUGGCUCGGCUCAGCCCGCGGAGGCAACGCUGGCGCGCCUCAGGGACCGUUUGGGGUGGGCGCACACAAGGGAGAAGGCGCGUCUGCUUUCUUCGGAAGGUGGACGGAACAGGUGGACGACGGGGAAGAAGGGAGUGGGAGAGGCGGGACGCUGCACGGUGGAGGUGAGGGGCAUUUGGCCCUGGGGGGCUCGAGUCUCUGGGCGCCCUCGGGGCGAGACAGCGGGGGGAUGAGCCUGGACGCGAAGGGCGAUCGCACAGCCACGAAGGCCGUCGUUGGAGUCGCGAUGAAACACUUUUGGAGACACGCGGCGUUGGGGCCACGGCUGCGGCGGCUGGUGCCGCGGCACGCCGAGGAGGACGAGGAAGAGAGAGACGAGAGCCAAAAGGAAGCGGACGAGGAACACGAGGAGCGCGAAAGCGGAGGGAAGGCGAAGAAGGGAGGCCUCCGGAGAAAGGAGCUGGGCGGCGAAGGCGAGACGGCGGAGGGCGAGGCAGAAGACGCGACGACAGAAGAAGAGAGCCAAGGCAGGGAGACGGGGAGAGACGGGAAAAGAGGUCCUCGCCAGAUUUCACCCGGCGCGGCUUCGCACAAAGACACGAACGAAGGAGACAGAGCCCCCAAGGUUCUUCACAUGCUCAGCACCGCACCUCUCGAUCUGCGGAUGAUGGACUUCUUGACAUGGCCCCUAGUCCUGCAACGGAUGCUCUUCGACUGUCUGUACACCCCGCGGCGGGUGGCGGUAAAGAAGCCACGGCGGCGGCCUGCCUCCAGAUCUGAAGAGGAGGCUCGCGAUACCUCGGAUAAGAACUCGGGACAGGCCGCACAGGACGAGAAGCCGCUGGAGGGCGCCAUGAAGGAGUGUGACGAUGAAGACGAAUCUCUGACAGAGGCGAAGCGAGAAGAGAAGGACGAGGAAGAGGCAGGCACGCCGCAAACGCCGCACACUCAGGAGCGCGAAAAAGGCAUGGAUCCAAACGACGUCUCUGUCGCAUCUGCUGAAGAGGCAGAGAAGCUUGUUGCGGAGGCCGGCGAGGAGUCUGGUGGAAAGUGCGAGCCGGCCGCCUCUUGUCUUGCUUCCUCGCCUCGUGAAUGCGAUUUCCAGACGGCGAAAGGUGAAGACGGAGAAAAAGAGCCUGUCCAAGAAGAAGACGGAGACGCCCCAGCGUCUGCUCCUGCCCCCGGAGACCCCCCCCGUGGAAGCGGGAGACGGGACGGGGACUCAAACGGAGAAGAUGGGGAGGGCGAGGAGAAGAUAGCUGGUCGCAUCGCGGCAGAGGGCGAGCAAGGCGAGCGCGAGGACGCCGCUGACAGCGCGAAGGAAGCGAAACGGCGACAGGGGGACGCGGGGGCAGAGACAGCCGGAGGAGAGGAGGCGGAGAACAAAGAAGCGGAAAUGGCAGUGAGAGACGAAGCAGAGCCUAGGGAGGAGAACGGCGUUCGAUCGGACGAGGAGGACGCGAAUGCCGAGGAACAAGGGGACGAGAACGGAGUCGACUCUUUCCAGGACGAAGAUGCGACAAAGCCGCCGUUGCGCGCCACAACCCGGAGUCGAGACACAAAGAGGAAACGCGAGGUGGAUGAAGACGACGGGGAAGGAGGAAAGGAGAAGGAUGCCUCGCAAACAGGCGAGCAAGACGACGGCGCGUCGCCGGCAGAUGGAGCCGAACUGAAGUCUGCGGGGGCGCGGAAGAAGACGCGUCGAGCGUCGAACGACGCCAUGCUAGGAGACGACGAGGGCGAGAGCGCCAGCAAAGCCGGCAAUGGCGAGGAGGACGACGAUGAAGAGGAAGCAGAAGAAGAAGUCGAACGCCUCGAGUGGCAUUUGGAUGACCAAAAAGCUGCACAGUGCGGCAUUCUGCCAUCGCGGGCAGAAGCCAUGGCCAUCACCUUCCACGACAUGCGGACGCACAGCGAGGCAGAUGUGACGCGCCGGCUGCAACUGCUUCAGUGGCUGAUUGCAUGCAUUGCAAAUGGUUGGAUGGGGAAGUUCUUCUUGGACGCGAAAGUCGAGGCGCUCUUCCGCGCGCGAGCGAACACAUUGAGGCUUCGCAUGGCCUCCAUGGGCGCCGCGCUGACAGGAGCCUGCAGGCCCCAGGCGGGCGCCGGGGCGACUGGCGGAGCGAAGGUGGAAGGCGCUGAUGGCGACUCGGGCCUGGCGCCUUGUUCGUCGACAGAGGCGCCGGCGCCUCCGCUCUCCACCAACGCAGAUGACAGCGCUGCCGUCGAUGGCGAGCGCCCUGAGGACCCGAACCUUCCGGCCUCCAGCGAGGCGGGGGACGCCGGCGUCUCUUCUCAAUCCCUGCCAUCUAGCGACUCGGCCGCUCCCGUGUGCGGCGAAAGCACGUCGCCGUCAGAGCCUGCGGGCCCAGCGUCUGUGCGCGGACGUCGCGCGGGAGACAGCGAGGAGAAGAAGAGCGGCCGCGCGAGUUCGGCCGAUGGCGAGUCGGCGUUGCCCGGCGGCAAGCGGAAGCGCGGCGGGGCGUCUCAGGCGGGCGCUGUGGGGGGCAAGGGCGAGGAGGAGGACUGCGCGUCGGUCUCGGAGGCUGCGGGCAAGACGCCGAGCGGAAACGCAGAGGCGUUCGAGGCGGAAGACGACAUGGGGCGGUCCGUAGCGGAUGGCGCCUGCACGGCGGCUUCUGCGCAGGGGCCGGGAGGCGAGAACGCGCUGAACCCUUCAGCGCGGGGCGUCGGCCGUGGGAAGAAGCCGAUGGGGCGCGUGAGCAACUGGGAAAUGGAGCUCCUGGCCCAGAAGUUUCCGAUCCGAGGCGAAAUUCUCGGCGAGGACCGAUACCUGAAUCGCUACUUCUUGGUCCCCACGGCCCGCGGCGUCCCGCGCGUCUUCGUCGAGGCCUUUGAGCAGACGCGAAUCGAUCCCGCCGAGGCGCUGGAAGGCUUCCUGGACCACGUCACCUCUGCCGCCGUGGAAGAGGAGGAGCGAAGGAAGGAGAAAGAAGGCAACGCGUCGGGCCCGACUGCUGGCCUGUCUCCCGGAAUGCCCCACGCGAUGGGUCCGCGAGGCGGCGGUUUCGAUGCGUCUCUCCCUGGAACUGCUGCGCCGCAAGCACCCGUCGGCGGCGCACUCGCAGGCCUCGGAGAAGGCGCCAACCCAGCUGCAUGCGCGCAGGCUGGAGUGUCCGGGGACCGCGGGGGUGAGGUGGGGCGACGCUCGAGUCGGCGAAUUGCUCUCAUGAAGGAGGAACAGAGACACCAACAAGAACUCCAGGACUCGCUUUCUGCUGUCUCCGUGGCAGUCAAUGGCGCGGGACGGCCUGACGAUCGAAAGCGAAAGCGAGGCAGUCUCUCCUCAGAAGGAAAGAGAGCCGGACUGCUCGGCCCGAGCGGCUCUGCAGGCCUGAAGCCGGGCGACCUUGCAGGCGCUCUGGUGGGGCCCGCCGCGGUGCUGGCGAAGGACGGCAGCGUGGUCAGCGAGAAGGCCAAGUUGCACAGCCCUCGCGACGGCGAGGCGAGAACGAAACACUUGAACGACUUUGUCCGACGCGCGGUUGGCUUCGAAUCCAUCUCCACGUACCUCCACUACCUCGACGAAACCCUCAAGGCGUGUGGGCUGUUUGUCGUGCCGCCGGGACGCCCCCUGCAACAGCUCCAACACGCGCUCUCGCCGUACUUGCUGAGGGAGCGCGCACUGAAGGAGAAGCUCAGGCGCGUGGACCAGCAGUUCCAGCAACUGGCGGCGGCGUCUCCGCUGCCGACGCCGGUGCCGACGUUUGUGCCCCCUUCGCCGUUCGCCGCGGCCAUUUGGCACGGCUGCCGGUUGUUUCUCCAGAUUGAGGAGGCGCUGCUGCUCCCGCUCUUUUCCUCUUCGUGGGGGUUUGCGAGCGAGUUCCAGAAACAACAACACAUCCUGCGUCUCCUCGACCAAACCCGGGACCAGUGCUCGACUUCGGGCGCGGCCUCGCGCAGUCGCGGCGAGAGUAAGCGCGGGGCGCCGGGGAACGAGGACGAUAGCGGUUCGGCCAGCUGCGGGCCCGACGACGAGAAGGAGAGCGGCCAGCAGAAACCGGAGAGCAAAGAGAAGGAAGACCAAAACCUUGCCCAGACGGACCGGGAUCUUCUGCACCAGCUGCGGAGCCGCGUGUGGCCGCAAGAUGUCCUCCACAGGUGUCUCUCGGCUCUGGCCGCGCAUGCAAACAUCGUUGGAGGGGUCCAGAAGGGCCAAACGACCGGUGGGGUGGUCAAGAAACUCGAGGACGCGAAGAGCGAGAAAUCCAUCAAAGUGGAGGCAGACGCGUCCAAACUUCUAGCGACCGACGGCGAAGCGGACGCGGACGCAGGACACCCAUCGCACGUGGAGGACCAAGAGGCCAAAGACAGGGCGCGAGAAGAGAGACAGGAAGAAGAACAGGAAGCGCAGUGGAUGGAAAGACGCAUCUGCCUGGGCGUCUUCGUGCAACUUCUCCUGUACAUCGAAAACCGGCUCCACACGCUGUCGAACGUCCACACGGCCGCCUGGCACCUCCAGCAGCACGAGCAGUGGCGGCGCGAAGUGACUGCGCUCGGCGGGGCCUCGCUGCUCACACAUCUCGCGCUGCCUCUGCCGCCGUUCGAGUUUGCGGCCUCGGCGUCCGGCGGAGACACAGAGAAAGGCGCGGGCGAGAAGGCGAAGGCUAGGGAUGCCAAAAAGGGCCGAGAGGCGCGAGACGAAGAGGCGCCGGUGUCCCCGUCGGGUUCGCGAAGGCGCAGUCUCUCUGAGGACGAUGGAGCGGCCGAGACGGUCCCGUGGCGGGAGAAAAAAGGACAGGACAGGAGCGGCAAGGGCGAAGGAAGCGGCGAGGCGGAUGGGGACGACGAGGCCGAAGAGAGAGACGGCGAGAAGCCGAAUCUGGAUUGGCAGUCCCGCGAUGGAGACGACGAAGACAGGCGCGGCGAGAGAGAAGAGGCGGACGUCCCGGGGCCCGACUCUCACGAAGGCCCUGAGUCGCCCCGGUCGACCUGCAGCAAAGCCGAGGCGCCGGCGCUGCCUUCGCCGCGUUUGUCGGCCGCAGCGGAGCGUGAACCGCCGUCGCCGGUCUCGGUCCCCGCGGCCUCGGCAGCGUCAGCGCUGUCUCCGACUUCGCCCUUGCGCCGCAUCCACGCGCUGAUUGAGGCGAUUGGGUGGGAACGCGACCGCGUCUUUGGUUUCUUGCGCGACUUGCGCACGCGCGAAUUCGACGAGAUGAAACGCAUGCAAGAGCUCGAAGGCCUCGCGCCGCAGAAGGCCCUGUUCGAACGCGAGCUCUUCGAGGGCGCGACGCUCCAGAGCACAGCGGCGUCGUCCUCUUUCCUUCCCGACGCGCAGGAAGACCCCGUCCUCUCGUGGACGGAAAUCCGAAACAGACACGACGUUCUGGCCAUCUGGGGCUGCUACCUUAAUCUGUGGAAGGCGCACGGCCUUGACAAGCAGAAAGCUAUCGACGCCAGGACAACUGUCGACAGGAACACAUUCCUCUCCCUACUGGCGCACGAGGAACAGAAGGCGCACUUGCCGGAGGUUGGCAGCCGCCUCUUUUAUUUCCGGAAGGGCCACGAGCAGAUGAUGAAAGCGAUGCAGGAGGAGUGCGUGGACGCAUCCGACCGCAAGCGUUGGCUAGACAGCACGUCGAUUCCCUUGUCGAUCCCCUUCGAGCUAGGCCGCGUCGAGGAGCUUGUUGUGGAUUCUAUUUCGUACCACCCGGGGAUCAUCUCGCCGCUGCCUCGGCCCCCGGCGGCUGCGACGUCGGCCGCGCUCUCACUUCUGUCAGGCCCAGCUGGACCCGAGGCCGAGACGGCGUGCCUGUUUCCGGAGAAAAUGUAUGCGUUCUCGAUCGUGGAUGACCCGUACGCUCUCGGCCUGCUUGUCGGCGACGCCGCCCGGCAAAGGGUUCGCAACGCGCCUUCCCAAACAGGCGCGGCGAAGCGAGAGGCGCCGGGGCCCAGUGCGGGGGCUGCGCCGACAGCCACUCCGGGAGUCUCCGCGUUCUCGGGCUCCGCUGCGCCCACGACGACAGACCUUCUCCUCUCUUCUCGACUGUCCAACUCGGAAGGCCCGAAUGAAACCGACUUCCUCGCCGUGCCAGCCAGCAACUCGGCUGCGGCCUCGACUCCUGGGCGGGCCUCCUCCACAGUGCGGUCGCCGGGACUGGAGCCGAACUUUGGGGCGGUGGACAGAGGCGAACUGGAUGAGAGCGUGACUCCGUCCGAUCCGUUUCUUUCCCGCGAGAAGACGCUCCCUGCCGGCGUCAUCGGCAAGAGUGAGCUCGAGCUCCUCUGUGCGGCGGACCCGAUCGUGGCUGCUGCCCAGGAGGCCGCCCGCGGAAAACACCUGCUCUUGCAGGAAGGCAAGGGCCGAGACGAAGGCGACGCAGCUGAGGUCGAAACGAAGGCGCCUGUGGAGACAGCGCCGUACUACAGAAUGGUCUGCAGAGUGCUCAAGAGAACCCACGACACGACAGCAGACAACAUCACCGACCGCGUGAAGUCUAUUGUAGCGGCGGCCGCCGCGGCGAACGAGGAGAAGCCUCACACGCGAACGUCUUCGCGCCUGAUGUCCUACCAGAAUCGGUCGCUCUCGUCUCGCUCAGGCUCGCGGAGCAGCUCGAGCUGCAGUGAGAGGCGCGCGGGCUUCGGGCGCCACAAGGGCCAGGGCGGGUCCGGCGACGACGGCGCGGGGUCGCAGGGCGGCGCCGAGGGAGCCUUCCAGUCUCCGCAUGCGUCGGGGCCGCAGGGCGAGCGCGAGGUCGUGCUGUGUGUGCCGAUGCGGGCGGACGACGUGGAGUUUGUGGUCCGCCGAGAAAAGGUCUUCCACGCGCUGAACCUGAACUGGAUCCCCGGGAUGAAAUUCCGGAUGGUGUUCCACACAACUGUCCCGGCGUCUUCUUCGGACGCGUCCGCCGGAAAGGAGAAGGACGGGACCACCUCCGGCUCCGGAAAAGACAGCGCCGCGACAGGCUGGGUGGGCGCCGUGGCGGGAGGCGCGACCAACGCGGCCAGCGCCGCUGGGGGCGGUGCGGGUGGCCAGGGUGCGUCCGGGGCGGGCGCGGGCCUCUCGGAGAAAGGCAGCGCAUGCGCGGCGGGCGACAGGCCGGCCUUUGUGUCCACGACAACCCGAUACACAGGAACGAUUCGGCGAGUCGACCUCCUCCAUCCGGACUUCUGGGAGAACGUUGUGGUGGAGUGGGAAGAUCGGAGCCGCGCCGGCCUCGGCGCCUUGGCCGGGAGCGGCUCGAGCCGGAGUGCCGGGUCGGGGACUGACCGUGGCACAGAGAGAGGCGGGGCCCAGAAACACGACGCAGACAGCGGGUUUGAAAACGUGAGCCUGUGGGAGCUCGAGCCGCUGAAGCGGCUCAAACGCCCCGGCGGAAGCGCGGGAGACUGA